UUCCCCAGAUGUUCUGUUGGGGAGAUCACGGAUGCCAUGAAGGCUGUGUUUGGGGAACAUAAAGCCAGCACCAGGAUGGUGAGCGGAGCCUACCGCAGCGAGUUCGGUGAGCAUGAGGAGAUCUCCACAGCACACAACCGGGUGGUGGAAUUUAAGAAGCAUGAGGGCAGGAACCCUCGUCUGCUGGUGGCCAAGAUGGGCCAGGACGGCCAUGACAGGGGGGCAAAGGUCAUCGCUACGGGAUUCGCUGACCUGGGAUUCGACGUUGACAUUGGACCGCUCUUCCAGACCCCCCUGGAGGUGGCCCAGCAGGCGGUAGAUGCAGACGUCCACUGUGUUGGGGUCAGCACGCUGGCCGCAGGACACAAGACCCUGGUCCCAGAGCUUAUCAAGGAGCUUCGCAACCUCAACCGCCCUGACAUCCUGGUCAUCUGUGGAGGGGUCAUCCCACCUCAGGACUAUGAGUUCCUGUACCAGAUUGGUGUGUGCUGUAUCUUCGGCCCCGGGACGAGAAUCCCUCAGGCUGCAGUAGAGGUGAUAGACAACAUUGAGAAGAGCCUGGACAAGAUCCGCCAGGCCAUGUAGACAGAUUGCUGAUGAACAAUAUAACUCAAUUGUGUGUGUGUGUGUGUGUGUGUGUGUGUGUGUGUGUGUGUGUGUGUGUGUGUGUGUGUGUGUGUGUGUGUGUGUGUGUGUGUGUGUGUGUGUGUGUGUGUGUGUGUGUGUGUGUGUGUGUGUGUGUGUGUGUGUGUGCGUACACACAGCGAUGGGAAGAAGUUGCAAACAUUGGCGUGUGAUAUCUGCACAGGAUGAUAGAAUAGCGCAAUGAGAUUGUGACAUGAAUAUAUUCAUAAUGACUGUGUGAAUUUUGCCCUAAACCACAACCAAUAAUAUACAGUUUAGUCUACAGAUCUCUUAGUCUGUCUUGGGGCGGCUGGUAUGGGGCGGCUGGUAGCCUAGUGGUUAGAGCGUUGGACUUGUAACCGAAAGGUUGCAAGAUCGAAUCCCCGAGCUGACAAGGUAAAAAUCUGUCAUUCUGCCCCUGAACAAGGCCUUCAUUGAAAAUAAGAAUUUGUUCUUAACUGACUUGCCGAGUUAAAUAAAGGUAAAGAAAUAAAAUAAAUAUACACAGAUGUUUGUGAAAACUGAAAAUAUAAUAGUGUGAAAUCUGCACAGGAUAUUAUGGUAGAACAAGGAGAUUGUGGAACUAUUCAUAAUUACUUUUAUCUAAAUUCCAUGUUAUCUAAAGUCACUGAACUUAUGUUGUCAAUAAGAAUAAUGUGAUUUGUUUGCUGUAACAGCUUAAGGUUUUCCAUGGUUCAGAUGAGAUAUUGAAUCUGAUCAAUAAGAUCAUUAACUUUAACAAAACUUAUCUUGAUUACUUAUCGAUUUGGGUUUUUACUGCUGGCUAACUUCAAAAUUACUUUGCGCGUAGUAUCGCGAAGAUACACUACCGUAUGACCUUUUUAAUUAUCCAGGUAGGUUAUAGAGAAAUUGAGAACACAUUCUCUUUAACAAUAACAACCUGGCAAUAGGAUAGUCAUUUGGCAUAUUAGGUAAUUUCUCUCACAAUCAUUUUUAUUUUCUCUCUUCCUUGUUCUGUGUGAAAAUGAGAAACAUGCCAGACCCUUUAACCCCAGAACUCGCCCUCAGACAAAUGGUAAUGACUAAAUUUAAUACAUUGCCACUGGGAACAAAUUCAGCUUUGACCCCCAUACGUAAAUCACUUAUUAUGUAACAAUGGGUUGGAGAUUUGCCUGAUUCUCACUUCUCAAGUUAGAGAUUCUAACUGAUAGAGAGAUUACCUCAAGCAGGACAGAUCAGACAUGUUCGCCAGCAACGGACCACUUUGUAUUGCCUAUGUUACUGUAUGUAUUUGGUCAGACAUCCUUUUGCCUUUAUGUUCAAGCUUUUGUAUUGUCUUUAUAUCUUAUUUUUUGAAUUGUCUGCUGGAGCUUUGAACCGUUUUUUUUGGAAUAAGAGUUGAGUGCUAUGGAGACUGAUUACAUAUCCGCUGAGUGCCAUUGACUUGCUCAUGUCUCGGCUCUCGAUAACAUAAAGCUCAACAGCUC